AAAAAAAAAAGAGUGCCAGAAAAAAAAACCGGUUGAAGCUCCUUAUGUUGUAUCUAGUUUGCAGUGUCUUUUUGUUAUAAUCAACGUGACUCUUUGUCUCUAUUUUGUUCCCUUAUUUUUUCCUUUCCUAUCUUUCUUUCUUUUUUUUUCUGGUUCUUCCGUUCUUCUGUUCUUUUCGUUCAAUUUACAUUUUUCUCCGUUCCUUUUUUUGUUCUUCUUCUUCAUUUUUUCUGUUUUUCUGCUUUUUUUUCUUCUUCUUUGGCCCAGUUUCUUCAAUUUCGCUUACAGGCGUAACAUAUCAAGCACACACAAUAUUAUAUGCUUGUCCUACUUCAAUGAGCAUUCCCACUUCAUUCGUUGUUGCCUAUGUUGCUGGAGGCAUCACCAUGGUGCCAUUGUUACUGUGCAUUGUCGUCAUUGGCAGCUACUUUUCCAAACCCAUCGUUGCCGUAUACCAUGCACUUCGUGCCAAACGAUCACAAGAUCCUUGUACUUCGCCAUUACCGGCUAACGACGUCAUGCCCGAUCUUGACUGGACGAGCGGCCAGUUUUAUAAAGUGGGUUGGUUACGGGUAUCUCGAGACCCUCAGGAUUCGCUGCCGGACGCUUCUAUCGGAGAAAUGGUCAAAUCGUACAUUUCUCGCAAAAGUACCGCACGCAAUGGCCAGUUUUACUUUGCCGUUCUGAAAUACAGCACACUUUUCCUCUACGACUCGGAAAAACAGCUGGACUGCAAAGGCGUGAUCAUUGUGAACAAUCACACCGUGAAAAUGCAUCCACCAGGAUUGCAGGAUUUCGAACUGUUUUCCCGUCCGCAUCUCAUCAAGCUAGAAAAGAAACUAUCGUCGGUUCUGCUUCCUCACUUUGACGACGCUCAACCUCUGAUGGACGAAUCGGCGUAUUACAUCAACUGUAACCGUUGCAUCGACAAGGAAGAUUGGUAUUUUGCAUUUCGUCGUGCGAGUCAGCUUCAGUUGGCCGCCCACGGGGAACCUCCUUUAUCCACACUCAAGCAUAUGCAAGAUACCCUCCCGUUUGAUCAAGUGGCAAUGAACCAGCUGAUCAACACUGUCUACAGCGACGAGCAUCACCUUCAAACCCAAUGGUUCAAUACCAUUCUCGGUCGCAUGUUUUUUGCCGUUUACAAGACCGAUCAAGUGAAAUCCACUUUUUACAAAAAAGUGAUUGCCAAAAUUGAUAAAAUCAAUGCCAAGCGGCCCCCUUUUUUAGGAGAAAUUACCGUACGAUCCGUCGAUCCGGGCCAUUCAGUUCCGUACUUGACGCAACCGCGAUUGCUCGGGUUGAGUCCGACUGGGGAAUUAACGGUGGAAGCCAACAUGCAGUAUGACGGCGGGUUCCGUCUCGAGAUUGAAACGGUGCUCAAGUGGAAAUAUUCGGACCGAUUGCGCCCUCUGACGAUUGAUCUGGUUUUGGGGAUUGCGCUGAAAUCGAUUCAAGGCAAAUUUCUCAUGAAAAUCAAAGAACCGCCCACCAAUCGGUUAUGGUACGGAUUCUACGAACUCCCCAAGAUGGAAUGGAUCGUCGAUCCGGUGGUAUGGGAGAAACGGGUCGGAUAUUCGGUGGUGGUGAAAGCGAUCGAGACCAAAAUCCAAGAACUGAUCAUGGAAACCAUGGUGCUUCCCAACAUGGAUGAUAUCACUUUUUUCCCCACCGAUGGGGUCGGUGGCAUCUUUAGCAAGUCAGCCGACGAAGACCCAUUACCGAAAAGAGAACCUGAGUCUCAAAGCCAAGAAGAAGACGACUCUUCUGUCACCGGAGGUCACAAAAAGGAGGCCCGAUCCUCCUCCAUGCCCACCGCCCGAUCUGCUCCCUCACUUUUCGCUGCUACUACCAGUACUACUACUACUACCACUCCCGCAGCACCCGCGACGAAAUCGCAUCCGACCAAAGUACGCAAACGAAGCUGGUUUACCAAAGGCAGCACUACCACGAAUCCGUCCUCGUCUCAUCGGACAUCGGAAGAGCUCCCGUCCACAUCACAAGAUCAACGACGAAAACAACAACAACAAAAGCAACAAUCCUCGCCAUCGACCGCUCACCCGAAACUGUCCGUCUCGGAUACCACCGUAUCCAGUCAUCAUCACUCGAGUGGCAUGGAAGAAUAUCCCAAUCAACGUGCGUUGAUGAAUCUGCUUAAUCGAAAGAAUCACGGCAACCAUACCACCACGGCGGCAGCUCUUUAUCAACCGAGUUCCCAUCUUGCGAUACCCAAAGUGGAUCAUGACAUGUCCCAUUAUCAUCCUCAUUCGUCUUCCAUGGCCUGUAUAUUAUCCACGUCACCUGAUUCGCUCAGUUCUUCGCCUUCCUCCAAUGCCACCGAUGAUUCUUCCAUUAGUCAUCAUCACAGCGUUGGCGAUGAGGGUUCCAUCCUUAUUACACCUUCCCUCUCCGUGACGUCCGAAUCCAUUCAAACCGCGUAUUCUCAGGGAACCCCCAAUUCUUCUUCACUGACACUGGUCAACGAAGAGCUGCAUGACGCUUUGCUUGCCAUGGACAGUCAUCAGCCGCACGAUGCGCGUUUACGCAAAUCAUCUUCACUUGCUCGACUCCGAUCGAAAUCCCUUGCGUCCACGGCUGUGUCUCAAGUCAAUGUGUGUCCUGCCAUGGUCCACACCUUGGGAACACCAUCGCACCACCAACCCAUCACCGAGAAGAAAGACACGGAAACCCUAAACGAGACCGCCUCCGCAUUCAUCCACCUGUAAAUUAGCCAUCCCUCCGAAAGAAAAAUACCUUUGACAUGUAUAUGCACCAUAACCCAACCGAAAAAAAACAAAGAAGGAAACAAAGUGUAGGAGAACCACGAUACACAUUUGUCCUUGUUUCCCAACGUUUUUUCUUCAAUGUUCGUCUUUUAAAAUAAAUAGAUACAAUGAACCCAUUGCGCACCUGUAACUAAUACUCCUUUUUUUUGGUGCUUGCAUCCAUGCAGCGCGGUCUCCAUC